CAAGGUUAAGGCUCCGGCCAUGAGUCUACCUGUCACCUUCAACAUGAUCCCUCGUAGCCAUGAGUCGCCUAUACGGCGCAUCAGGAGGGACAUUCUUCCUCAAGUCAAAAACGGAUUUUGUUUCUCUGUAAUGACCUCAUGGACGUAUUUUGAUAUUAACUUCACCCAUAAACUAGUUGCCUCAAAUAUAACGUAAUUAAUUUAGUAAUUAAGAGUGCUUUCAUUGGUGUAAUACAAAUUCCCUCGCUCCGCUUACUAUAGGCUGUCGCUUUAAACGUCACUUUAUAAAUUGACGUUUUGGCGCGCGUCUCGCUGUGACGUCACGGUUUCCAUGGUUACAACUGCGUCUCCAGGAAACAACACUGCAACACUUUCUGCAAAAGUUGCACUUUAUUGAAAAGAGUAUUUUUUAUAUAAUCAUUUUGAUGGAAAAAAUGGAAUAUCCUCAAAUUUCAUCCAUGCAUAACAUUCAGGCGCUGUCCGCUUUGCUUUCAACUCAAGAAGAGGAGGAUGAUGAUUAUGAAUAUGCGUCACCUUAUUCCAAGAUGGGCCCCGGACACAUAGGCCCGCCGCCUAAAAGAGAGAAAGAAGAGUCGUUGACAUAUGCAAAAACCAACAGCAAAGACGUGUGGUGCGAGGAGGAGGUCGCUGAGGGCCCUCAAUACGAUGAUUUCACUGACCCGAGGCCAAAGCCUGAAUAUGAAAUCAUUCUAAAGCAAAGUGUCAGCACAGAGGAUCUCUUUUUGGGCCUAAGCAGAAAAGACCCCUCGUCCAUGUGCUGUGAAGCAAUGCUGGUGAAGAUCAAACUCCCUGACAGCAAAGCAUCGGAUGUGACUCUGGACGUGAAAGAAAAGUUCCUUGAUCUUCGGACACCAAAAUAUAGACUGGCUCUCCACCUCCCGCACCCGGUCCACCACCAGGAGGGCAAGGCUCAGUUUUUCAGUGAGAGGGAAGAGCUAGAGGUGACGCUGGUCAUGAAUCGACCUCUUGAUGCUGUCAACAUGCAGUAAAUCUUGAUGGCCAGUGAUAUCGAACGGACCGGAUUGGAUACCGUACUGAAAUAUCGGCCGUCCAUUCAACGUAAAAAUGUGGAUUUAAUACAGUUUAAUGAACCAAUACUAAUGAAACAACCCUUGUUCCCAAUAUUCGGAGUACACUGUCAAUUCUCAGCUGCGGUUGUAGUGGUUUUAUACAUAAGCGGAGUUUAAGGGGGGACAAGGCCCCCUGGUGGCCGAAAAGUGUCAUUGCAUGUAACUGACUUUCCUAUAUAUAAAAGUUGUAAAGCAAUAAAACAAACAACAAAAAUGAAUGAAAUGUACCAAAACCCAUAUUUUUAUAAUGGGUCAAAAUGAUUUUUCGAACAGAUCAUGUGACGAGUACCUGAGGCUGUCAUUUGCUUUGCAUAUUAUUUUAAAAAGAUAAUAAUAAUA